GUGGCAAGAGGCUGAGAGGGGAACAAAUUGCUGGCACCAGCUUUUGUCUUUGUCUUGUCGGCACUGGUCAGAUUGGUCAGAGUCAGCUGCUGUACGGCGAUCGGCUGUGACCGCUGUGACGUAUCGCGGAAGGAAGAGCAAUACCCGCGUGGGAUUCACGUCGUGUGUCUUUACACGUGAUUCGAAAUAUGGCAGCUAAAAUACAACAUUUCGAUCCACCGAGCUCUGCGAGCUCUGAAAGCGACGGUGAAGUUUGUUUGGACGAGAGGGAAAUGUUCCUUGUCGACGAGCUCUGCGAAGAUGCGGAGCCGUACAGACGUUCCGAUAUAGGUACACCUACGCCGCAAUCUCCAAGACCGCCUUCCACAGGUUCUCAGAGAUCACCAAAAUCAAGGAGGCAGCGUACUACUAGCUUAUCCCAAUCCAGUAAAAAGACUUCAGCAGAAUCUAUCCUUAGAAGUAAGACUCGAACAAUAUAUACAGCUGGUAGACCUCCGUGGUAUAAUUCAGCUGGACAGCAAGUAGAACCUUUUGUAAUUGGUAUUUGUGGGGGUAGUGCCUCUGGAAAGACUACAGUUGCCACAAAAAUUAUAGAAUCUCUUGAUGUUCCCUGGGUAACGUUACUUAGUAUGGACUCCUUUUACAAAGUGCUGAACGAGAAACAGCACGACAUGGCAGCUCGUAAUGAGUACAAUUUCGAUCAUCCUGAUGCAUUCGAUUUUGAAUUACUGAAAACGACGCUACAGCGUUUAAAGGAGGGUAGAAUGGUGGAAGUUCCUAUUUACAAUUUUGUAACUCACAGUAGAGAAAGUAGAACUAAAACAAUGUACGGUGCCAAUGUAAUUAUAUUUGAGGGAAUAUUGACAUUCUACAAUGUCGACGUUUUGAAGAUGUGCGAUAUGAAGGUGUUUGUCGAUACCGACGCUGAUGUAAGACUCGCUCGGAGACUGCGUAGAGACAUAUCGCAAAGAGGGAGAGAUUUGGAAGGUGUACUCAAGCAAUAUAGUACCAUGGUGCAACCUGCCUUUUAUUAUUACAUAGCUCCGUUCAUGGUUCACGCAGAUAUAAUCGUGCCACGUGGCGGAGAAAACGAAGUCGCGAUAGAACUUAUUGUACAGCACGUGCAUACUCAGCUCCAGUUGAGGGGUUUUAAACUCCGAGAAAAAUUAGCCCAUUCGUAUAUUGGGCAACCGUUGCCAUCUUCUCUUUACCUACUUCCGGAUACACCACAGAUCAAAGGUCUACAUACAUUUAUAAGGAACAAGGAAACAUACAGAGAUGAAUUUAUAUUUUACUCGAAACGCUUGAUACGUUUAGUCAUCGAGUACGCUCUUUCCCUUUUACCUUUCGAGGACGUCACAGUAGAGACACCUCAAGGAGUGUUAUACAACGGGAAACGUGCGGCUACGGAUAAAAUAUGCGGCGUUUCUAUUUUACGUGCUGGCGAAACUAUGGAGCAAGCUGUCAGGGACGUGUGUAAAGACAUACGAAUAGGGAAAAUACUCAUACAAACGAAUCAACAGACCGGAGAGCCGGAACUGUACUAUCUCCGAUUACCGAAGGAUAUCAAAGACUACAAAGUAAUAUUGAUGGACGCGACAGUGGCAACGGGUGCUGCCGCUAUCAUGGCUAUCAGAGUUUUAUUGGACCACGACGUUGCCGAGGAGAAUGUAUUACUCGCUUCUCUGUUAAUGGCAGAAUCCGGUGUACACUCGAUCGCGUAUGCGUUCCCGCGGGUGAAGAUCGUGACGUCUGCCUUGGACCCUGUGAUAAACGAGAAGUUCUAUGUGUUACCUGGGAUCGGAAACUUCGGUGACCGAUACUUCGGGACCGAGCCAUCCACCAUAGAGGAUUAAUGUAGUUUUAAACGAUUUCCGUUUUGAGUCAUGCAACUAUAUAAUCUGUUAUAACGCGAGUACAGUAAUCUUAUGUAUCUUUAAUAAAAUUUGUGUUACGCUCAUGAAAAA